AUUCUUAAAUAAAUGUGUUUAUGUCAUGCAUCAUUUUAAUGUGCAUUUCUCACAUUGUGUUUUUUGCUAAUGAUUUAUUACUUGCUGUUUAUUUUAUAUUUAUUUUGGACUAUGAAAGUGAUGUUAGACAAAAAGCAAAUUUGAGUGAUUUUAUUCAUUACAUCUGAGAAGUAUGUUCAGCAAAUCAAUGAGAUGCACCGAAAACUACAAUACUUGGGCCAGCUGGUGCUGGUCAACAGAAAGGGCCCAGUUCUUCUCCAUGACAACACUCGACCAACCACAUGUUGCACAGCGAACACUUCAGAAGUUGAACCAAUUGGGCUACGAUGUUUCGCCUCGUCCAGCAUAUUCAUCUGACGUCUCGCCAGCCAACUACCACUUCUUCAAGCAUCUCAACAAUUUUUUGCAGGGAAAACGCUUCCACAAUCAGCAUGAUGCAGAAAGUGCUUUCCAAGAGCUCAUCGAAUCAUGAAGUGUGGAUUUUUAUACCACAGAAAUAAACAAACUUAUUUCUCGUUGGCAAAAAUGUGUUGAUUGUAAUGGUUCUUAUUUUGAUUAACAAAAUUGUGUUUGAACCUAGUUAUUAAUAUAAUGAUUUAAAAUUCACGGUCUGGAUGUUCAGCCGCGUUGCAGCAGGGGUGCAGCCUGGCGUUGUGGAGCAGAGGGAAGACCCGAAAGGCUUCCUUGGUAUUGAUGGGGCUACGUCUUAAAACUCCAUAGAGUUUGUAUGUAACGCAUUGUCACAUCCUCCAUCCAACUCAACAUCAGCUCCUUCUCUGUGACUGGGUCCUGAUUAAGGUCCUCCCAAGACAGACUUCAUUGGAUCUGUGCUCAAGAGGCCUCUGCCAGGUUUUCCUGACCCCCCUACAUUGCUGUAAAGUGCCAAGACCUUAAGACUUGAGUACAUGUAUUAUAACGGCAAGAGUGCCAACACCAACAAAAGAGCCACUGGACCUGUCAGCUCCUCUGUUUCACUGAACAGACAUAAUAAUCUUACCAAGAAGGCAGGGUAAGCCAAGUGCCUCUGUGUGACACCACCACCAGCUGAUAACAAAAAAUACAAUAAUAACCAAUUUAGCCUAGAGUCAUCUCUUCUUGAGAAGCGAUUCUGAGAUCCGUGCUGCUAGUAAGUGACUAAUAACAUUAUAAGUGACUGAUAACAUUAUAGACUGUAUUGGUCCCUGAGUUGCAAUUGAGUGAAAAAUAGACAACGAAAUCUUGAAGAAUUGCACAGAGGUGCAAGCCAAAUUUAACCCUCACCAAGUAAUGUUGGUUGAACUGAGAAAUUGCUAAACCAAACCUCUACUAGGACUGCUUAUUGUGGUGUCUCUCUUUGACAUUGCCUCUCCCUGUGUUGUCUUUCUAGAUCCAGAUGUUCUCAGAUAAUUCACAUUGCCCUGAUGGUGGACAACAGUGGUUCCCUAGUUUAGAACUAGGCCAUUGGUUGUACCAAACUGAACUUGUUGAAAAUGAAUGUUACCAAAUAUUCUUAGACCGUAUAAACAGAGCUGAUUAUUGCCCAGAGUGUUAUCCUGAUAAUCCUGCGAAUAGAAGCCUUGUUCUUCCAUGGUCUUUCCCACUUGAGUGGGCUCCCCAAAAUCUCACCAGGUGGACCUUUGAAAAAGCUUGCCAUCCAUUUCUUCUGGGUCCUCCACUGGUUAGAAAAAGAAUACAUGACUCUAGACUAGCUGGUUUUAACCCUGUGCAUUACAGUUAAUCUUGACCAGAACAGACAAAACCUUAAAUUAAAAAGUUGGCCAAAGCAAAUAACUUUUCCAACAGUCAAAAUCAUCAAGUUCUAGAGGGCUUUGUGCUAGUAGCCCAAGGAAGAUGGAAAAAAUAACUCAUUUCUAACUCUGUCCACACUGUCACUACAUUGGGGUACUGCUUAAAUCAUUGGGUCUGCUUCUGUGGCCUACACAUAUUUUGUUCAGCAUGAGUUUAGUCAGUAUUCAAGCCAGACUGUUGAUCUACAGCUAGACUAAUCCGUAUUCCCUAUAAGCAAUGUUUUGAACUAUCUUGACACUCCUAAAAAGUUCCACAGCCUGAUUGUUGAUGAAUGAUAAGGUAGUCCUAGAAGGGAGGCCCCACACUUUGUGCUGCAUAGUGGUAUUUCUAAGGGUAACUUUUGUGGGAAAGCGUUCUCGUUGAAGCUGGAUCGUAGAUUAUUCCAGUAAAUUUUUUUUUUUUUUUUUUUGAGA